AUGGCGGAGUACGACGAGCAGGGCAUGGCCAUCGCGGCCGCCGAGAUACUUCUCAGCCUCCGGAGCAGGACGCUGGCGCGGUGGCCGGACUGGGUUCCGCGCCCGUCCGGCGACCUCGCCCCGGCGGCGGCGGAUCUCCAGCGGCCGGAGGAGGCGGAGGACGAGCUGCCGCCGAUUCCGGAGGGGUGGCCGAAGCGGCCGCGGUUGCCGCCCCGUGCGGUGGCGAAAGGAACCGCGUGGCUGCUGUCGUGGGAGAGUCCCUUUGCGCGGCUGGGGCAGCCUGUUGUCGCCAGAUCCGGCGCGUGCUCCAGCGGGGAGGAGAGGGCGCGGUCGCACCCGCGCGUCACGAAGGUGAAGCGCGAACCUUUGGCGGCGCGGAGGCCGGAGACGCCGCCGUACUACGUCUCGGCCGCCGGAUCCGGCCCUUCCACGAGCGGCAUGGACCGGGCGCGGUCGCGGCGGCGGCCGCGCGUGAGCGAGAAGGCGCAGGCGGCGGCGGCCGCGUGGACGGACGGCCCCAUGGCGGCAUCGAGCCCGGAGACGCCCUUCGACUACGCCAACGCCGCUGGAUCAGGGGCGUCCUCGAGCGGGGACGAGGUGGCGCGGUCGACGGCCAAGCGCAAGGCGCAGGGGUCGGGCGGAUCCGGAGUGCCUUCCAGCGGCGACGAGGGGUGCAGCUCGCCGGCGAAGCGCGCGCGGGCGGACGUCUCCAUCGCCGUCGCCGGCGCCGGCGCCGUGCAACCCGCGGUUAAACUUGAGGAUCAAAAGACCGAGAACAAUUACCGGGACGAGAAGGGCCACUUGCUGUUUGACCUCAACGAAGAUCCAAGCAUGGCGGAGGAGUGGUGA